AUGGGUGUUGACGAAACGUCGCACCAAAAGCAAGCCAUGGUUUACAAAAGAGGGUUGGAGAGACGCCAGAAAACUAGCACCCAUGCCUGCUCGCCUCUUACAGUUGCCUCUCAGCCAAGAAAUGACUUCUCACGAUCAGGAUCAUAUGGGCUGAGCAGGGCUUCAUUUCCCACUGCUGAUGUACUGUCUACACCUACCUCAAGGCCCACAAGCAGGUCGGUUUCAACCAUAAAUGGGCCAUCUGAUUUUGAACACCAGGUCUUCAAGAUCUUGCAAACAAUUUUAAUGAGGGUUGAGCACCAAGGGCGCCAACUUGAUGCCAUUGCACAACAGCUAUGCAGUGGCCCUUUGACAGUUGGGCCCGCAAAGGAUGUGGUCCCAAAACCAUUCGAGGACAUCGAGGCAUUUGAAGAAUUUGAUGCCGAGAUAUCAACAAAUGAAGGAACAAGGACACGCCUGGUCUGAUAUUUUUUCUUCUCUUUACCUCCUCUAUCAAAUGUACUUGCAUAUAUGAAACUGACAUUCCAGUGCACGUUUUACAGGAAUAGUGGUGCAGAGCAAAACAUAACACUGACACUAGGAGGCACAUAAAAAGGACAACACACUGCGCUACAAGCAACAGUGAUUA